GUGAAAAGAAUCGUCGCCUAUAAAAACAAAAGAAGUUCUCUCAUCUUCUUCACUACUCAAAUCUUUCUUCGCAUACCAAGAACAAGAAAGAACAACUCCUAGAGUCUCUAGAUCCAGAAAGAUGAUCUCAGUGGUGAUUAUUACUGAGCUACUAGUGGAGUACACGACGGCUCUCGCUAAACUCACCGCUGGUAUUCUCCCACGGCGUACCGGCGAUAGAAACGCCUUACGGAUCGGCGGUUUCAUCAUUCCUGCUCCUUCCUCAACAUCUUCAACGAUUCCUGAUUUCUCAUCUCAUCUCGUCGACUUCUGACUGAUUUUAAAGAGUGUCUCCUAGUCCUCUCUUGGUUUUGAAUCGUAUAGAGCUUUUGUAGAUCCGUAUCUAAACUUAAAUAUAUAGAGAUGACUUUUGUUACUCGUGAGUGGUGAUUAUGAUUUUACUAACUAUGUUUAUUGGCAAUGAAGAAGAUCUUGCAAUUUUCUUUGUUCAAUA